UAAUUUUGGCACGCGACGCGAACGGAUGGCAAAAGAUUUGCAUGCCUUCGAAAAGAUGAUGAUGAUGACGACAAAGUGCGUCAUUAUCUAUAUGUUCCUUGUCUCGUAUGGGCACGUGGAAGGAGGAACAGCUGUUGAUGUGGAUAAUGAUGACGUCUCGGAUAUGUCACCACCAUCUUGCAUCAUACAUGCCACUCUAUAUAAAACGCCGGCCAUAGACAGAAAUCCACAAGAUUUUGGUUUACCCAUGGAUAUCGAUUGUACUGGAAAUAAUAAUAGUGCCAGAAAUGAGCAAUUUUUCGAUCAAUCCGCGCAGCGAGUGUCUGGCAAGAAUCAUGUUAACUUGGAUGGUCGUCAGACUCCAACUUUGGGCUCCACUAGUUAUGGUCUCGAGUAUUUGGAUAAUUGCCUGGAAAUGGAAAGUCUAGUUAUUGAAGGAUUCAAAGGUGAUGCAACACUAAGAUUAGAAUGCCUUGGAUCUGCUUCCUUGGAUAAACUGGAAGAUAUUACCCUGCAAAAUAAUGAAUUUGCUACCCUGUAUGGUCAGAGUUUUGAAAAGGUUGAGAACCUCAAGAGACUUCAAUUGAUACAAAACUCUCUAAAAUAUAUAGAGAGUUUGGAAAAUUGCGACAAUAUGGAAGAAUUAAGUAUACUCGAUGAAACUAAAUUGAUUUUAGGAGAUGCAGAGAUCUUGGAGAAUCUAAUAAGUCUAAGAAAACUAAACAUAAAACGUAUAGGGAAAGUGAAAAGUGAAUUUUUCUCGAGUUUCAAUCAAUCUACUCAACUUAGAGAACUUUCUCUAGAAGACGUCAUUAUAGAACCUUCUCAUCUAUUAUUGGAAACAAACUCAACAGAAUUGAUUAAUUUGAAGCUAAUAAAUUGUAAUCUGACCAGUUUUGGACUAGAACAAUGGGAAACAAGCCAUUUAACUCAUGUGAAUCUGAGUGGAAAUUAUUUAAAAGACUUUAGUUUAACUUAUGAAGAGGGAAGCUCUGCCCUUAUCUCUUUGGAUUUGAGUCGCAAUAAUUUGAGCAGCUUGAAUAAGAAUUGGUUCUCAGAUAUGAAUCAUUUACAAUAUUUGUUUUUAACACGAAAUCAUUUGCAUCAACUUUCUCUGCGGGAAAUAAUGAAAUUCUACCCCUUAUCCCUCAUGCAUAUUGAUUUAAGUUGGAACAAUUUGAUGGAUCUGAAAGAGACAGAUAAGGUAAACCUACAGCCAAGCAGACAAUUGCAAAUACUGAUCGAUAACAAUCCAUGGAGCUGUCAAUGGUUACUCAAUUUUAGUCAUACACAACCGCAAUUGUUUCGCCUUUUUCAAUAUGCCAAAUUCAUAUCACAAAUCAAUGUCAAUGGUCUGAGUUGUAGACCAGAAGAACCCAAGACGCUGAAUACUUCAGCGAUUUAUGUGCAUCGACAACCUCAUGCCCAUCCGCAUUCGAAUGUCUCCACUUUCACCGUAAUCUAUGGCAAUCCCAUGGAUUAUCAUCGCAGUCAACGUUCUGGUGCCUUAAUCAUAGUCUUUAUGCUGCCGCUGGGCAUUGCUCUGCUCUUCCUAUUACUCUAUCUUUAUCUUCAUUGCGAACGUCUCUUUCAUUUAUCAUAUUAUCUAUCGAGUUUCUCCUGUUUCGGCAUGGACAAAUCAUCAAGUCGUCCGCGUUUCAUCGAUCAAGUCGACAUUGUACGUUAUCCCAUGGCCAACGGUAAUGGGAAUGGAAAUUGUGAAUCUGAAUUAGUGCCCGAUGGUUAUGAAACGCCUGUGAGUGGUGCCGCAUCUAUAUGCAAUUGCUCGGGGCAGAGACAAUCGAAUUGCUCGAGAAUCCACCAUGUCACCUAUGAAACUUUACCAUAUCAGCUCUAUGCUGAAAUCAAAGAACCAGAAGAGCAAAAUGAUGAUGAAUGCGAGGCGAGAGAAAAGAACAUCACACCAAGCUCCACGGCUCCCAUCUACGAUCAUUUGUCGUUUGUUCAAGAGGAUGAGUUGACAUCUUCCACAAAGAAAAAGCUAGAGGAGAUUGCUUAAGCUAAACCUAAUAAUAAAGCAA